AUGCGCAAAGUAAGUGGAUUCGAUUCGACAUCCCACAGUCGCAGCAUAACACUCAACUUCGUGGAAAUCCAAUUCAGGAAGAACAUCGUAUGCGAGUACGUCCGGCUAGGUUUUGGUAGCAGUUCUGUAUCGGCUGCUGCAUCUGAUCCGGAGUGGUUCAGCUCUCCGGGGCAGCAUAAUCGGCCAGAUACCCAAUCCAUCGACUUUCCAACAUUAGUAUUUCUGGACCCCGGCCAUCUGCGACAUGGGCAGGUAGAGAUCGAGCGAACUGCACCGCCGGUGCCAACGCAUAUUCUGCGUCUCUUGGGCGAUAUGGACGAGAUUCGUGACAUCGCCGCCAGGUUCUUCGAGCACAUCCACCGGUGGAUGCCCUUCAUUUCCAAGAAACAAUUCUACAAGCUUCAUCUGCAGCCCACCUUCUCGUCACAGGCCAAUGUCGCUCUGUUGCUGCUAUCGCUCAAGCUCAUCACUACGAUUCUGCCCAUUGGGUCGCGCAGUCCCCGGAGUGCCUUAUACUACACCGUGAAACACUUUCAUCUCGAGGUCGAAGGCUCCAGCGACUUAUCGAUGCAAGUGCUGCAGGCCGGGGUUCUUAUAUCAUUGUAUGAACUCGGUCAUGGGAAUCUAUUCGGCCGCCUACUUGACUAUCGGGGCAUGUGCUCGUUAUGCAUACGCCCUCGGAAUCAGCGUCAGCCGGACGGUGUACACUAAAAAGGUCCUCACGUUGGUGGAGGCGGAGGAGCGAAGGAGAGUGUGGUGGGCGAUAGUCAUUUUGGACCGUUUCGUGAGUAUAGGCUGCCCCGGCAGGCCCUUCGCGACGGCGGAUCGCAAUUAGAUGAUCUUUUACCGGCAGAUUACAACGCAUGGGACCAAGGUGUAGCUUCUCGAUUGAGUAAAUGGCUCGAGUGCUAACUGUUCCCCGUAGGUUGUCCAAUCCGGUGAUCUCUUUACUCUAUCAUC